AUGGUUCACCAAGCACCUCUAAAACUCCCUCCUUUGAACCUAUCAAAUGAGUACUUGAAACCUGAUGAAGUCCGCGGUGCAUUAGAAGAGUACGGUUGUUUCCUGGCGGUUUUUGACUCUGUUUCACCGGAGCUAAAUAAUGAAAUAUUUCAUGCACUUGAAGAAUUAUUUGAUCUUCCCAGAGAAACCAAAAUUUGUAACACUUCUGAAAAGCCCUUUGAAACACAAGAAGGGGGGAGGGGGUUGAAUUCUGGCUUCACGUCUGAAGAUUUUGGCAAUGAAUCAAUAUUUCUUAGGAUUGAAUUUGAUUUGCCUCGCUCUAAGGUAACCCAAGGGAAUUUAUCCUCAAUCAGGGAUUUGAGUGAUUUCCUGAUUGAUCUUCGAAUCUUCUUUACUGGUCUUCUUUCCUAUGUGUCCAUGAUAUGA